UAUGGAGACACAAAUCCAACUCAUUUGCAUUCGUUGAUGAAGAUGAAAACGAUGCUGAGUCUGAGUCUGAGUUUGGUACCAUUUUUGUGGUUUGAUUACAUUUUGGGCUGGAAAUGUCUCUACAAAGAGUUCCCCGUGGAUAGGCAAAAGAUCGCGGGCUUAUGGUGGAUAUAUGGCACCAAUCCGGAGGCUAGCAAACUAUGCUUAUUCGAGCAAUUGGAUCUCUAUUGGACACGCAUCACCAUGUCGGACUAUGAUAAUUAUGCCAUCGAGCUUCAUUGUUCACUUCCCUGGUUUCGUCAUCAGAUGGCUAUCUAUACGCGAGUCAGAGAUCCCACACAGGAAACGCUGAAGCAUAUUGAUGAUUAUCUAAAGUCUGUGAAGUUAUCGCGAAAGAAUUUCAAACUGAUCGAUAGGCAAACCUGUCAGAAUCGAACCGAUCCAAUGAAGCCAAUGCAACGUUGGCAUCUCUCCAAAUAUAUGCAUUUGGAUUACAAUCCCCAUUAUGUCAAGCCGCUUGUUGUGAACGAAAAUAUCUGAAAGAUACAAAACUAUCUGCAUGUGUAAUCGUAUCUCGAGACCUCUCACUGGAGUCGAAGAAGCCCCAGAAGGCGGAGGAGAGGCAAACUUUCUUUACGUUAAAUAAAAUAAAAUUAGCAUAUGCCAAAUUUGGUCAAAAUAUGCGAAUGACCAAAAGAAACGCACACACACAGACAGAGACAGAGACAGAGAAGAGAAGAAAGAAAAGAGAAGACAACAGGAGAUGAGUGAUUGAAGCGUGAAAAUCAUCAAAAGAGAGAAAAAUCAAUCUGUAUGCAGUCGAAUUAAAUAUACUCUAAACUCUCUUUAAAGUUAA